AUGCGGUCCUUGGAGGAGUUAGCGUCCGCACUCUUACGUGGCUUACUUCAUGAUCGAUGUCGGGAGCUUCUCUCGAGUGUGGCGGCUCUCGGAGGCUGCAUCGAUUUUGAGCAGCCUCCUUCAUCCAUGACUUUUUUGACGGAGACCAUGCAGCAGUGGGUGGCCAGCACCCUCUCUUUUGGUGCCCAGGUUGCUGCGUGUCAUCACGGUAUGGAUGUGUGCAAACGCUGGCUUUUCCUGUCCAACCGACCGGAGAUACUCGACCUUGCAUCUGAGUGCCACCAUGGAGCCAGUGCGCACAAAGCUGUGUGGGGGAUUCGUGCUGAUGACGGCAGUUUCCUGAGUCGUGUGACGGCUUGUACCUAUAGGCCACCGAUCAGUGCCGAGGAGCUUCAGCCUUUUCUCAAUGACCUGUGUGGCUUUUGCGCUGUUCCCGACAAUGAGGUCGAGAAUUUCCUUUCCAUUCAACCGGGACAGCCAUUCCGCUUGAAUGUCCUUGAGAAGCUGCUGGCGAUUACUAAGGACCCUGAAUCGGAUCUCUGCCAGCAUCUCCGGAAAGGCGUGCGGAUUGGCGUGGACCACGAACUGCAACCCUCGCCUCACUGGCCGCUUCGCACUGUGGAACCGAUUGUUUCGGAUCUCGUGAUUUGCGAAGGCUCUUGGAAAAGUGCAUCCGACCACCCAGAGCAGGUCCGGGAGCUCCUGGCUCAGGAAAUCGCGGAGGGUUGGAUCGUGGAAAGACCUUCGGUUCAAUACCUGCAUGAUCACUUCCCCGCGGUGGCCAUUGGCAAACUGGGACUGGUGCUGGAUUGCGCCCCUUCCUGCCUGGGCCGCCAUCCGUGGAUCACCGUAUCUCUGGAUGUGCGAAAGGCACACCGCAUGGUCAUGGUGGAGCACUGUGACCAGGCUCUGCUGGCGUUCACCUUCGAAGGACGAGUUUUCACGUCCAGCACUCUUAAUUUCGGAGCCAGAGCAUCAGCUUUUUGGUGGGCCAGAGUUGGGGGAGCCUUGCUUCGCUUGUCACACGCGGCGAUUUGGCUUUCGCACCUUCUUUGGGGCUACGUCGACGACUUCUUGGGAGGUUUCCGAGGCGAUGUGGCUCCGAUCUCUGCCUCCAUUUGGAUUCUCUUGCUCCUUGCCCUGGGAGUGCCGCUUUCUUGGUCGAAAUGUGUCUGGUCGCCGGAGUGCAUUUGGAUCGGAUGGUCAAUCAACCUUGAAAGCUGGGUCUGUGAGCUGCCGCAUGCGAAAAUUUCCAAGAUUCUUGACCAAAUCACGGAUUUGCUUGCCGCUGGUGACAAGGCCUUUGCUGUCUCCGUUGUAUGGCGCUUGCCCGCUUCCUCGGUUGGCGUCAGCCCUGAGCUAUGGGCUGCGAUCAAGCGCAACAUUGCGGAGGAUUGCGUGCUGACUCGUUCUGUUGGGCACCCGUCCUUCCACAAAGGCGCUUGCAUUACCCGCGCUGCCAAUACAUUCGUCUCAUCCAAGCAGGAUCUUGAUAAGGUUCCGUUCAGGAAGCGCCGAUUGUGGGUGGAAGUGAAGGAUCCCGGGCACCCGCUGCGAGUCCUCGGGGAUGCUGGCAGGUCAAGCUUAAUUGCAUGGCGUGCCAUUUUCCAGGGCACCCCUUUCAUGAAGGCGCUUCGUAGUCCGAUCCCGCUGAAGGUCAUUGCUGAGGCUGAUGCCUUUGCCGAGGCGGAGGUGUCUGGUUUAGGAGGCUACGCUAUGUGGCCCAGUGGUCGCACAGUCUGGUUCUCUAUCAGAAAAGACAGUCAGGAGUGGGCUGCUCUCACUUCGUUGUUCCCUCCGCCCCUCCAGGCGCAUAUUUCGGCGAUGGAACUGUUGGCUCAAUUACUGUUGCUUUGGUGCAUUUUCGCCACUCUGCCAUCCAAUCGCGGGAUUUGUCGGGCCUGCCUUCGGUCGGACAACUCCGGUGCGGAGGCCUGUGCGUCCAAAGGGCUGUCCUCGGUGCUGUCCAUGAGCGAGAUUGUCAAGAAGUUCCUUGCGUUUCAGGCGUGGGCUGGAGUCCAGGCGGAGGUCGAGCAUGUGCCUGGGUAUCGCGACGAACUUGCAGAUGCGUUGAGCAGGCUUACGGCUGCCGAUGUUGCACCUCUGCCGCUGGGUGAUCGUGUGCACCCGCCACUGCAAUGGCUUCUCGAGCAGCGGCUCGUGCUGGAGUCGUCUCCCUAUUCGGGGCCGGUUCUACGGGAGGCUGAUCUUGGAGCGUUGGGGGCCUGUCCCCCGCCUUGCCUCCAAUGCGAUCUCCUUCGUGCGGAGGUGCUGAUGCUACGUGCUGAAGUUGCGAGCUUGCGCAAUUCCAGCUUGGCGGCCCUCUGGGAUGCGAUCUAUGCACUGCAGGGCCAGCUCAACGAACUUCGCCCACGUGGGGAGGAUGAUCAUUUUUCCUUUGUGUUCACGGCGGUCGAGGAGAACACAGCGGCUCGCUUGCUGCGCUCGCCCCUGGCGAAUGUUAGAUGCCUCCGCUAUCAUGAGCAGAGGCUUGAUGCACUUGUGAACCUCAAUGCUGACAUCGAACGCCGACUUCGGUUGCUGGACUUGGCAUUGUCUCGGGCCUCAGGCUAG